AUGCCUGCUCCAAGAAAAUUCUCUAGAACUCCAGAACAUAGAAGAGCCAUGUUGAGAAACUUGGUAACUUCAUUAAUUGAACAUGAAUCAAUAAUAACAACUCAUGCUAAGGCAAAAGAAACUCAAAAAUUAGCUGAUAAAUUAAUAUCGUUAACAAAGAGAAAAGAUGUUAAACAAUCAAAACAAUUAGCUUGUGCAGAUUUAUUUAAAUUAGAUCGUACUAUUCCAAAAUUAUUUAAAGUAUUAAAUCAACGUUAUACAAAUAGAAUUGGUGGAUUUACAAGAGUCUUGAAAUUAGAACCAAGAUUAGGUGAUCAUGCUGAACAAUCAAUUGUUGAAUUAGUUGAUGGUCCAAAAGAAAUGAGAUUUUGGUUAUUAGCAAGAAUUGUUGCAAGAUUACAAAAACAAAAUUUACCAAUUGAUGAAUUAACAAAACAUAAUGUUUCAAAAUUAAUUGCUCAAAGACCUGGUGGUCAAAAAGAAUUUGAUGAUUUGGUUGAAAGAUGUAAAGAAGAAUUUUAUAAAAAUCCAGAAAGUUAUGAAAAUUUACCACCUCCUGCUGAAAAAAUGAGAAAACCUUAUACUAGUUAUACUUUGAAAAAAGGUAUUGAAUUUUUACAACGUCCUUUAAAAUCAUUAAAAUCUGAAAAAUCUGAAUAA